AUGUCGUCGGCCUCGCAGAGCCCCGACAUCGCGUGCGCGAGCCUCCCGCUGGAACUGCUCGCGGCCGGCGCGCUCGGCGUCAAGGAGGAGCGAGACCUCGCCGUCGCCGCGGAGGACCCGUCCUCGUCCCAGGAGCCGGCGGGCAGGGCCAGUGCGAGGGAGUCCCUCUCGGUGAUCGUGCCGCCCCAGGACGCGGACGCGGACUCGCGGGACGCCGACUCGGAACUCCUCAGUCCCGGCAAGCUCUCGCCGACCUCCGGCAUCAGCGUUUCCGUCGCGAGCAUGAUCGACGCGACGGACUUCCGGGCGAUGCAGCCGGAGCCGACCUACCAGACGCUGACCUCGGUCGCCGAGAGGAUGUCGCCGCCGGGUUUCAGCCCGGGCUCCUCGUACGCGACGCUGACGCCGCUCCAGCCGCUCCCGCCGAUCUCCACGAUGAGCGACAAGUUCGUCUACUCGAGCCACGCCGCCCCCGGCGGGGUCUCCGGGAGUUUCGCGGUCAUGCAGAACAACGGCCUCGGCAACAUCGGCCUCGGCAUGGGAGGCUCGCCCUACGCCUACGACAAGCUGCCCUCGAUGGGCAUGUCGCCGCCGCACAACUACCCCUCGCCGGGCGCGGGCCUCCAGCCGAGUCCCCUGUCGCCCCAGAGCGCCUACAGCCAGAGCGGACUCAACUCGCCCCACAAGUCGGCCAGCCCGCACUACGAGCCGGCCUUCCUGCCCCGGCUGCAGCAGAGCCCGGCCGCCCUGAGCCCGCCCUCGCCGCCCGCGUCGGCCGCGGCGGCGGCGGCGGCGGCGGCGGCGGCCGCGGCGGCCGCGGCCAGCUUCGCGCCUUCCCAUCACUCGCCCUCCGCGCUCGCCGUGCCGGCCGCCUCGCCGCCCCCCCUGCAGACCCAGCUCCAGCAGCAGCAGCAGCAACAGCAGCAACAGCAACAACAGCAGCAGCAGCAGCAGCAACAGCAGCAGCAGCAGCAGCAGCAGCAGCAGUCCAUCCAACAGCAGCAGCAGACGAUAGCGCACACGCAGCACGUCCAGCACACCUCGGUCGUCAUGAAGACCGUCUCCUCGGCCGGCUCGGGCGCCGGCGAGGUCGAGGAGAUCAACACGAAGGAGCUCGCCCAGAGGAUCAGCGCCGAGCUCAAGAGGUACAGCAUCCCCCAGGCGAUAUUCGCCCAGAGGGUCCUCUGCCGCAGCCAGGGCACCCUCAGCGACCUGCUGCGCAACCCGAAGCCCUGGUCCAAGCUCAAGAGCGGCCGAGAGACCUUCCGGCGUAUGUGGAAGUGGCUGCAGGAGCCGGAGUUUCAGAGAAUGUCCGCCCUCAGGCUCGCAGCCCUGAGCAACUGCUCUGAGAGCGGAGCCGACCCGGAAGCGAUGCUGGAUACGCACCACCCUGGAUCCGGAAUCGACUCGCACCACCAACAGUAUCACAACUCUUAUGCUGCACAGAUUCCACAACGAGGAACAUGCAAGAGGAAAGAAGAGAUGGCGAGCCAGGCCGAACACCAACAGCCCGCCCCCAAGAAGCCGCGCCUGGUUUUCACAGACCUUCAGCGCCGUACUCUACAGGCUAUUUUUAAAGAAACCAAGAGGCCGUCGAAGGAGAUGCAGGUGACGAUCGCGCGGCAGUUGGGCCUGGAGCCGACGACGGUGGGCAACUUCUUCAUGAACGCGCGACGCCGCUCCAUGGACAAGUGGAAGGACGAGGACCCGAAGACGGUGGCCGUGGACGAGGGCCAGCUCUCGCCGACCAUCGGCAUCAGUCCGCGUCAGCCGAGCGACGUUUUGUGA